AUGGAGUCAGACGAGUCCCUUUACCCCAUCGCCAUCUUGAUAGAUGAGCUAAAGAGCGAUGAUGUGACGUUGCGUCUCAAUGCAAUUCAUCGGAUCUCCACCAUAGCCUUGGCUCUCGGUCCUCAGCGUGCUCGAGAUGAGCUGGUGCCCUUCUUGCAAGACAGCCUGGAUGACGAGGAUGAGGUCCUGCUCGCCCUCGCGGAGGAGCUUGGGCCAAGCUUUGCCGAGCAUCUGGGAGGACCACCUUACGCGCACUUGCUUCUUGGGCCCCUGGAGAACCUGGCCGCGGUGGAGGAGACCGUCGUUCGCGAGAAGGCUUCCGAAAGCAUCACGAAGCUGGCUGCCCUCCUCACACCGGCUCAAAUUGACGAGCACUACCUUCCCCUUCUGAGGCGUCUGAGCGGAGGUGAUUGGUUCACGAGCCGCACGAGCGCCACGAGCCUCUUUGCGGCCGUGUACCCCAAAGUGGGCGGAGAUGUGGCCAGCACGCAAGAGGAUUUGAGGAAAAUGUUUGCAGCGCUCUGCAACGAUGAUACGCCCAUGGUUCGCAGAGCUGCUGCGAGGGAUCUCGGACCUUUCGCAAAAUGCCUGUCAAAGGAGCAAGUUGUCACGGACAUUAUACCCCUCUAUCGCAAGCUCUCCUCGGAUGAUCAAGACAGCGUCAGACUGCUCACUGUGCAAGACCUCAUCGCUAUUGCUGAAAUCGUGUCCCACGAAGAGACAAAGAGCUACCUGCUGCCCAGCAUCCGGGCAGCCGUUGGUGACAAGAGCUGGCGCGUACGCUACAUGGUAGCGGAUCACUUUGUCAAGCUUGCGACGGCAGUUGGACAGGAUGUGGUGCGAGACGAAUUGGUGCAGGCCUUUGUCGCGCUGCUCAAAGACAAUGAAGCAGAGGUGCGGACAGCAGGAUCGGGGCAGGUACCAGGCUUUGCCAAGCUGGUAGACACGGACAUCAUCCUCGCCAGAUUGCUGCCCUGCGUUAGAGAGCUCUCAACAGACCAAAGCCAACACGUCAGAGCUGCGCUUGCUACGCAGAUCUCUGGUCUGGCGCCUUUGCUUGGCAAGGAUGCUACUAUUGAGCAUCUGCUGCCUCUCUUCCUGUCUCUUCUGAAAGAUGAUUUCCCGGAUGUUCGGCUCAACAUCAUCUCCAAGCUGGAGCAAGUCAACGAGGUCAUUGGCAUUGAGCUGCUUUCUCAAUCCUUAUUACCCGCCAUCGUCGAGCUGGCAGAGGACAAGCAAUGGCGGGUCAGACAGGCGAUCAUCGAGUACAUUCCUCUCCUCGCAAACCAAUUGGGCGUCAGCUUCUUUGACGAGCAGCUGGCCAAUCUGUGCAUGUCUUGGCUCGGAGACACGGUCUUCAGCAUCAGAGAAGCGGCCACUGUCAACUUGAAGAAGCUCACGGACGUGUUUGGGGUCGAGUGGGCUAGACAGACGAUCAUUCCCAAGGUUCUGCAGAUGGGUGUGCACCCAAACUACCUUUACAGGAUGACGACAAUCUUUGCUAUCACUACGAUGGCACCUUCGCUCAAUGCUGAAGCCAUCAACGAUACGAUCCUGGACGCUGUGGUUCCCAUGGUGGAGGAUCCGAUCCCCAACAUCCGUUUCAACGUGGCCAAAGCCUUCGAAGUGCUGGCCAGCGUCUUGUCUCAGACGGAUGGAGGGAGAUCAGCAGUGUCGAGCAGGAUCGUGCCUGGCUUGGAGAAGCUCAAGGAGGACUCGGAUGCGGAUGUGAGGUUCUUUGCUCAGAAGGGUCUGCAGGCCAUUGAGAACUCAAAGACUGCUGCUUAG